GGUUGUAAAGGAGUACAUAUCGCUGGGAUUUCUUGCAGAGGUUCAGGACAGGAAGGAUGAACGCUCGUUUUAUCUACCACAUCACCCCGUCAUAAAGAUGUCCAGUACAAGUACCAAAGUGAGGCCAGUGUUCGAUGGUUCAGCUAAAUCGACGUCCGGGAUUUCCCUGAAUGAUUGCCUCAUGGUUGGUCCUGUUGUGCAAGACCCGCUAUUCGAUUUGAUAUUGAGGUUUCGUGUGAAUUCAAUAGCACUUGUAGCCGACAUCGAAAAGAUAUACCUUCAAGUAAAGGUGCAUCAGGAACACACGCCAUAUCAGCGAAUUCUGUGGCGAUUCUCAGAAGAAGAACCUAUAGAAGUAUACGAAUUGCAACGAGUUACGUUUGGACUUGGUCCUUCAUCAUUUCUUGCAACAAGAGUGCUACAGCAAUUGGCUGAAGAUGAAGGUGAAUUGCUGCCUCUCGGAAAGCGGGCUCUGCUUGAAGAUUUUUAUGUGGACGAUUUUAUAGGAGGUGCUAACGAUGAAGAUCAAGCAUCGCUGCUUGUACAAGAACUGCGUUUGUUACUCCAGAAGGGAGGAUUCGUCUUAAAGAAAUGGAGUUCGAAUCGGCCACGUGUCCUGAGUGCGUUACAUUCCAGCGAAAAGGCUGUUUUAGAUUCCAUAGAUUUGGGAGCAGAAAACCAGUUUAAGGCGUUGGGCGUUUGUUGGAGCCCAGCAACGGACGAGCUUAGUAUUGCAGUAAAAGGAAUUGUGUCAUCGAAUGAGAUGUUUACCAAGCGGAAAAUAUAUUCGUUGAUUGCGCAGCUGUUUGAUCCGCUCGGAAUAAUCGGACCGAUUAUAGUGUGGGCAAAAAUAAGAAUGCAGCACCUAUGGAUAGCUAAAAACGAUUGGGAUGAUCCUGUAACGGAAGAAGUCAACAGAACGUGGAGCCAAUUUAGAGAGCAAUUGUAUCUGCUAACCAGCAUUAAGGUAGCUCGUCAUGCCUUUGUCGAUAAAGGAGUGUUGUUGCAGCUUCAUUGUUUUUGCGAUCCUUCGGAGGCAGCGUAUGGAGCUUGUGUUUACGCUAGAUCGGUUGAUGCUGACGGAACAGUGAAGGUAGAGCUACUUACAUCUAAAUCCAGACCUGCACCUUUAAAGCGUGUUUCGUUGGCGAGAUUGGAGCUUUGUGCGGCGGUUAUCGGAUCAAGGUUAUGUGAUGCAGUUGUUAAGGCUCUAAAAUUGUCAUCAUUGGAGGUGUUUUUCUGGUCUGACUCAACGAUCGUUUUAGACUGGUUGGCUUCGCCUGCAUAUAACUGGGCAACUUACGUUGCAAAUCGAGUGGCGCAUGUGCAGGAGUUAACCAAGGGCCAUAAAUGGUUACACGUUAAAGGAGAAGAUAAUCCAGCGGAUGACAUUUCCAGGGGAUUGUUGCCAAGUGAUUUGGUUAAACGGAGCCGAUGGUUUCAAGGGCCUUCCUGGUUGAAGCAACAGAGAGCUGUUUUUACUAGCGCGCCGAGAAAACAAUCCUCCAUUGACGAGAUUCCAGAACGAAAAAAAAUGGUUUCAAUGACAGUUUCGGCGGUAAACCUGAAUCCAUUACUAGAAAGGUUCUCUUCGUAUUGGAAAACCCUAAGAGUAACAGUUUACUGUCUGAGGUUUAUACGGCGCUGUCAAGGAAAAAGAAUUGAAUAUGGAUUCAUUAAGUGUGGCGAAUAUGUGGAAGCCAAGCAAACGCUAAUCAGAGCUCUGCAGCACAAGGAAUUUAAAGAGGAAAUUGGGCUCUUAUUAAAGAAUCGGCCAAUAACGGCGAGUUCGAAAUUGAAAAGGUUGCGACCAUUUGUGGACAAGAGCGGCAUUUUGCGUGUUGGUGGGCGAUUAAGGAACGCAGAUAUGAAAUAUGCAGCGAAACAUCCCAUAAUUCUCCCAGGGAAAUGCCAUUUCUCGCGAAUAGUGGCUGCCGCUUAUCACGAAAUGAGUUUGCAUGCAGGUCCGCAACUAACACUGGCUGCAUUGCGUCAAGAGUUUUGGCCUUUGAACGGUAAAACUCUGAUGCCUAAGCAAAGAAUUUCACCGUCCAGACCGUUUUCAACAGUGGGAGUUGAUUAUUGUUGCCCAAUGAUGCUCAGACAGCCGCACCGUAAAUCUACCUGCCAGAAAGCAUACAUAGCAAUAUUUGUGUGUUUUUUCUCCAAGGCGGUUCACAUCGAAAUAGUGGAGGAUUUGUCUGCAGCUGCGUUUUUGGUGUGUUUCCGGCGAUUCACAUCCAGGCGUGGUAUACCUGUCGAGGUAUAUUCGGAUAACGGGCUAAACUUUAAAGGGGCUAGUCGAGAGAUACGUGAAUUAUAUGCUUUAACCAACAAAGAUUCUUUUCAGACAGCUAUUCAAGAAAACGUCUGUAAGAAAGGAAUAACGUGGCACUUUAUUCCACCAAGAGCUCCUAACUUCGGCGGCCUCUGGGAGGCUGCUGUUAAAUCAGCGAAGAGGACUCUGUUUAAAGUGUUGGGAUGCAGACAACUGACUUUUCAAGAAAUGGCUACUGUGUUGGUCCAGAUCGAGACUCAAAUGAACUCACGUCCCUUAACGCCAUUGUCUGAUGACCCUGAAGAGCUGGAUGUCCUUACGCCGGGUCAUUUCCUGAUCGGCCAACCCAUACUGGCGUUACCCGAUGUGGACCGUUGUGAGGUGCCUUCGAACCGUUUAACGGGAUACGAACAGCUGCAGCAGUUGGUCCAGCAUCACUGGCGGAGGUGGCGCAUCGAAUACUUGUCGGAACUCCACAAUAAAUCGCAGCAUGUACCCCGGGUUGAACGUUUAAAAAUUGGGCAAAUGGUCAUUUUGAAGGAACAAGACAAGCUAUGCAAUGAAUGGUAUCUAGGCAGGAUUGUGGGUGUACAUCCUGGUAAGGAUGACGUGGUUAGAGUGGUAUCGAUCAAAACCGUCAAAGGAAUCUACAAGAGACCUUCCUCCAAAAUCUGUUUAUUGCCAUUCGAGAAAGCAUUAUGAUGUAAAGAAUUGCUUUGAAAUUAACUUCAUGAACUUGAUUAGGAUUGUUUUGCUAAGGAGUCGUUAAUUAAAAAGAUAGAUUUUUAAGGCGGCCGGUAUGUUUGGAUUUUUUGGAACGGACUAGGCGUUAUCGAAUUAGAAUUCUGCGAAAAAUAAUAACGGUUUAGAAGCAGGUACGAGGCUUGCGGCAACGUACGAAAUCAGUUGCA